GAGGUUUAUACUCUGCGAGCUUUACUCGGCCACAUCAGCAUGAAGAUAAUACUCAGAUAAGACAUCGUGCUGUCACUCGUAUAAAAGGCAGACAAGGGGCUAAGUUAGGCCGACGUUAGCAUCACAGCAAUCUGUCAUCAUGACCUUCAACGGCACAUGGAAAGUGGAUCGCAAUGAGAACUAUGAGAAGUUCAUGGAACAAAUGGGCAUCAACAUGGUAAAGAGGAAACUGGCAGCUCAUGACAACCUGAAGGUCACCUUCGAGCAGAAUGGAGAUAAGUUCGUAGUGAAGGAAGUCAGCGCUUUUCGCACGUUGGACAUCGAAUUUACACUAGGAGUCACCUUCGAGUAUUCUAUGGCAGAUGGCACUGAUCUCUCAGGAACCUGGGUCAUGGAAGGUGACAUGCUGAAGGGAACCUUCAAUCGCAAAGACAAUGGAAAGGUGCUGACAACAACCAGGAAGAUUAUUGGCGAUGAACUUGUACAGAGCUAUAGCUAUGAUGGUGUUGACGCUAAGAGGAUUUUCAAGAGGGGUUAAAAUAUCAUCAGCGUUCACACAAUCCACAACCAUAACUGUAGUGGCACAAUAUGCUCAGUGUUUUAAACAUGGGCAUUCAACCUGAGUACAAGUAUAUUACUUGACUUUAACAACUGGCAGCACUAGAUUGAAAGUUUACAAAUAAUGCAUGUAAACCAUGUCUCAUUUGCACUGUGAGUUUUGAUAUUUAAGAUAAUAAAGUCAUUUCUACAA